AUGGUCUACGGCUUCACCCUCCCAACAACCUCACACCUUUCCUUCCAGACAUUUCUCUCGUCCAGCACUCAUCCUUCAUUACCACAAGCUGCCUCAACAGCCCGCCAUGCGCUCCGCGUCGCUCUCAAAGCGCAUAAACACUUAUCCCGCGGCCCGCAACAAGACUCCCACUUGACCACCGUCCUCAACGCCUUGAACGAUUACCUGCCAUAUCUUCUUGCCAUUUCGAAUGGAUUGAGUGGAUCCACCAUCGGAAACAAUACAGAGGAUGUUGAGAUAACUCUCCGCAGCGAGCUCGAGUCCGAAUGGCGCGCCACACUGUCCUCCACCACCCCUUCGCUGCCUAUCAAGGGCAAAGGCACGAGUGCCGGCCGUAUCCGAGGCCAUGGGAUUGAUUACGAGAUUGCAUUUACAGUAAUGACGCUGGGAUAUGUGCUGAGUAACAUGGCGCACUCUAUCGUUGUCCGAACGCUAUACGCCACGAAGACUCCAACACCCGAGCAACGCACCGCCGCCGUGCAAACAGCUACGAAAUACCUUUUACAAGCUAGCGCCGUGCAUAUUUCCCUCUCCACAUCUUCUUCGCCGACUGGCACAGUGCCGAAUAGCGUACCGGAUCUCGAUCCCGCAACGCAAUCAGCUCUCUCCUCGCUCGCACUAGCAGAGGCGACACUCCUGGCCGUGCUGAAGGAUGAUUCCUACGUCACAACAUGUAUCCAGGCGCGCAAUCCCAAUGAUAAGGACUGGAUGGUGCGCGCGCCUGAGAUUCCCAAAGUCCGCGCAAUGCUCUUUGCGCGAUUGUGUGUCCGCGCUGCGGAGUAUGCGGAGCAGGCGAGUGCCGGACUAGGUGCGGUGGAGGCACAAGGAAAGGGUGGGAUUGAGGAUGAUCUGCUUCGAUAUGCACGCGUGCUGGGCCGUGUGGCCCGAGCAAGGGCUUGUCGGUUCUUUGGUGUCGAUGCGGAGUUAGCAGGGAAAGUUGGGGAGGGAAUUGCCUGGUUACGAGCAGCGAAGAGUGCGUUGGGGCUGAGGAUUGGGCCGCUGAGUGUGAUGGAGGGCUCGGUGAAGCGGGAGCGAGGGUUUUCCAGAUUGAAGAGGGAAUGGUCGGAACGGAGGGAAGAGCGGAAGAUGGAGAAGGAUGCUGGGAGUCGGGAUCGGGGGGAGAAGAGUGAGCUUGAUCCCGGUGAUAAUGCUGGUAGGGAAGAGGAGGGACGAGUUAUUGAGAUGUUGGAAACGAAAUGGGUUAGGAUGAAUGAUACGAUCAACACGCAAUUGGUUCCCCCUUCAACAGACCUUCUUACAAACUUGCCCUCCGGCAGAGAUAUCCAUUCUCCUCCUGGUCCAUACAAGCUUCCAGCAUUGGAUGAAGAGGAGCUUGUGCGGAUGCGUGCUCCGCCGGGAGAUGACGAGAUAGGACCAGGAAGUGAUCUGGACGACAGUGACGAGGAGGCUGCUGUUGAUGUCGAGGCCGCAGGUGAUCGACCUGCUGAGCAUGAAAGUGCUUAUUAUUGA